CAAGUUUUUGCUUUUGCGGCUUUGAUUUACUUUUGCGCUCUCUCUCUCUAUCUUUUGCUCACAUCGCUUUCUUCCUGUUCACGUUAUCUCUGUCAAACUCGGUAAGAUGUCUUGCCGGAGUUCUUAUCUCAGGGAAGCUCGAACGGCGUAUUUCCUGAAUUGUGUUUCUCUGCGCUGCGGACUUUUCUCGUGGUUCUAGGGUUACGGAUCUUGAUUUUUUCUUGAACGAAGGUUUGUCUUCCUCGGCAUUUGUGAUCUUUCGAUCACAUCAGUAUCAGAAGAUGCCGUGCGCGACUUCCGAUGCGUCUGAUAAGGAUUCGGAGCCGUUCGUCGAGGUGGAUCCUACCGGAAGGUACGGCCGUUACAGCGAUUUACUUGGCUGUGGGUCGGUGAAGAAGGUCUACCGCGCGUUUGACCAGGAGGAAGGCAUUGAGGUGGCUUGGUGCCAGGUUCGGUUGUCGAGUUUCAGCGAGGAUCGGUCGGUAAUCGAUCGACUGUACUCGGAGGUCCGGUUGCUUCGUACUAUGAAGAACGUGAACAUCAUCGAGCUUUACAAUGUGUGGACUGAUGAGGAGAAAAGCACAUUGAAUAUGAUCACUGAGGUCUGCACGUCUGGGAAUCUGAGGGAAUACCGUAAAAAGCAUCGUCACGUAUCUGUCAAGGCCUUGAAGAAGUGGUCCAGACAGAUCCUGAAAGGUUUGGAGUAUUUCCACAAUCAUGAACCGUGCAUCAUCCACAGAGAUCUCAAUUGCAGUAACAUCUUCAUCAAUGGAAAUAUUGGGCAGGUGAAGAUCGGUGAUCUAGGUUUGGCUGCGAUAGUGGAGAAGAACCGCUUGGCGCACUCGGUGCUAGGGACGCCAGAAUUCAUGGCGCCUGAACUAUACGAGGAGGAAUACACGGAGAUGGUGGACAUAUACUCGUUCGGGAUGUGCGUAUUGGAGCUGGUGACGCUGGAGAUACCCUACAGCGAGUGCGAUAGCGUGGUGAAGAUAUACAAGAAGGUGACGUCGGGGUUGCGGCCCCAGGCCAUGAACAAGGUGAAGGAUCCUGAGGUCAGUGCCUUCAUAGAGAAAUGCCUCGCCAAGCCUAGGGCUAGACCUUCCGCGUCAGAGCUCCUCCAGGAUCCUUUCUUCGACGGACUUGAUGAUGACGAAAACAACAAUAACAAUAACAGCAACAUAUGCUCUUAGGGACGACGUCAAUGACGGACGAUUCAGUUAGAUUUUUUUUUCUCUUCUUUCAAAUCAAUUUGUUUCGAUUUUUUUUUUCUCCAAUAUCGGCUGUGUGUGAAAAAGGUUUCUUGGGUUUUUUUGUUUUUUAAGGGGAUGAUUUGGUUGCAGAAGGAAUUUUGCAUGUACAGAUUUCAAUUUAAUCAUAUAAUAGAAGAUUGAUUUUUCUGUGUAACA